UCACUGCAGAUGCUUCCGCAAAAGCUCUUUGGGGAGUUUUUAUGCAGGUACAACUCAGAAGGGUGCAAACCUACGGCAGGGUCUACCCCCAGAUUGGAAGGGAAAAGCCGGCUGUCGGGGAAUGUCCAACUUUUAAAGCGAAAGGCUGCAUUCAAAGCGUUUAACGCCUUUUCAGCCACGUUUCUUCACUAGGCCAUCAAAAAAUCAAAUUGCAGUAGUCCAUCAUUUGAUCCAGAACAAUAUGGGCAAGUUUUUCGGUGUGCGGCUGUGUUUUAACUUUGUUUAAAAGAUCGAGCUGGCUGUUUUAAACUAAGAUUAGCCAAUCAAAUGUCAGCCAGCUGUUCAAAACAAACGCAGUAAUAUAAGUUAAAGUGGCCUCAGGUGAUUUAAAAAGACAGUGGUCCACUUUCGAACUUAUUAAGCCGACCGUAACUUCAAAAAUAUUACCUACUGUAAUUUGGAUGUCAACGUGUAAUUUUCUUACUAGGAAGCCCCCAAGAAUCUGCUACAACAAAUUUUUAGUACAUUAUCGAUCAAAACGUACAUACAAUAAAAAACGUUAAUGAAAAAAAUUUGUAAAAAAUUAUUUUCUAUCGCUAAAAAAAUUGUAAAACAAAUUUAAAAAAAACAAAGAUGUCAAAAUUCUGCGGUGUAAUUUCUAAGCGUCUAAAUUCCGAAGCGUUGGAGCCCAUGCGUUUCAGUCAUCUAGAAAUGCUCAUUCACUGGCUCGCCAGUGAGACUGAAUCGCUGGAAUCAGAUUUUCUAACAAAAAGUGAAGCGGUGCAAGAACAACAGCUGCAAGUGAUACAGAAUGAAAAUAAACUCAAUGGCAUUCAUGAAAUAAUGCAGACGCUUAAACAAAAAGUAGCCGCCACGGAGCAGGAGCUGCAAGUGAACGGCGCGAGUAUAAAAAUGCUUGAGAGCAAUAUCAAAGCCCUGGAGGAUUAUGCAAAGCGACCAUUGACACCAGCUGGCAUCACCUGCGGUUGUCCACUCGUUUGUCAGCAGCAUCAACAACACAAUAUGUUGAAUCUGUUGCAGGACACCGAUCACACCAUCAACCAAAUGAAUACGCUAAUGAACGAGAUGCAUGAACUGGAGCCAAAUAUGGAGCAAAUGAGUAAUCCGUAUCAUACAAUAAGCAGCAUUCUGGACUGUCAUGUGUCGACUUUGAAACAGACUGAAAAGAAUCUGGAUCGUUUAGUGGAUAAGUUGAAUGCGGUCGAUGGGAUGUUUCAGUUGGCGAUGCGACAUCUUGCCGCUUCACGACAGAACCGAUAACAAUCUGCGCCGCCGAACUUUAGCAAAGCAAUUGGUGG